AUGGAUCAGACCGAGGCUGGUCAGCAGGUGAGGACUGCAGAGUGGCUGGCGGCGGGCUGGGCAAUGGGGCCAGGUGCCCCAUCGCAGCCGAGCCUGCUGCCCGCAGUGCAGUCUACGGUUAGUUUUGACAGGACUCCAUCCAGCUGCGCUGUCGCGCGUGUCGGCCGCUGCGCUUGGGGUUGGGGAGCCAGGGUGUGCAGCGUCGCUGCUCCGAAUCCUGCGCGGGUGCAGCGCUACGUGGGAGCUGGCCGGGGGGCCGAGGUGGCCCAGGACCGGCACGUGGGCGGCAGGGCGGAAGGCAGGUGGCGGGCAGGGUCGCAGGCAGCCGGGCAAGAGGCGGGAGGCGGAGUGUGCGGCCGCAGUGCCUCCACUCGGAACGAGAACCCGACGCAGGCUGGCUGGGAGCUACGGCGGCCUUGA